UCUUGUGAGGGGAGCGAGUGAACCUGUGGAAGGAAGAGAGUAGAGUGAGAGAGAGAAUCUGCUAGAAACAAAACAAAGGCACGAACCAACGCCAUAGCUAGGGCAAAACAAAGCCAAGCCGACGCUUCCAAUUCUCUUCUCUUCUCCGAAUUCGACGAAGAUGAGCAUCUGGAACUACGUCGUCACGGCUCACAAGCCCACCAAUGUCACCCACUCCUGCGUCGGCAAUUUCACCAGUUCUGGCGAACUCAACCUCAUCAUUGCGAAAUGCACUCGUAUUGAGAUCCAUUUACUUAGUCCUCAGGGCUUACAGCCUAUGUUGGACGUGCCCAUAUAUGGAAGAAUUGCAACACUUGAGCUUUUUCGUCCUCAUGGUGAAACACAAGACCUUCUGUUUAUUGCAACUGAAAGAUACAAAUUCUGUGUUCUCCAAUGGGAUGCUGAGACAUCUGAACUCAUUACAAGAGCAAUGGGGGACGUCUCUGAUCGUAUCGGUCGUCCCACGGACAAUGGUCAGAUUGGCAUUAUUGAUCCAGAGUGCAGACUAAUUGGACUUCAUUUGUAUGACGGACUGUUCAAAGUUAUUCCUUUCGACAACAAAGGGCAGCUCAAAGAAGCAUUUAAUAUUAGGCUUGAGGAACUUCAAGUUUUGGACAUAAAGUUUCUUUAUGGUUGUUCGAAACCUACAAUUGUAGUUCUUUACCAGGAUAACAAAGAUGCUCGUCAUGUCAAAACGUAUGAGGUUUCUCUUAAGGAUAAAGAUUUUGUUGAGGGCCCUUGGUCUCAAAACAAUCUUGACAAUGGGGCUGCUUUGCUAAUUCCAGUUCCUCCACCUCUAUGCGGCGUCCUUAUUAUUGGAGAAGAAACAAUAGUCUAUUGCAGUGCCAAUGCAUUUAAAGCAAUCCCAAUCAAACCUUCCAUCACAAGAGCCUAUGGAAGAGUUGAUUCCGAUGGUUCGAGGUAUUUACUUGGUGAUUACAAUGGGCUACUACAGCUUCUUGUUAUCACCCACGAGAAAGAAAAAUGUUCUUGUAGGGUGACUGGACUCAAAAUUGAGCUCUUGGGCGAAACAUCAAUUGCAUCAACCAUAUCAUACCUUGAUAAUGCAGUUGUCUAUAUUGGAUCAAGCUAUGGAGAUUCACAGCUUAUAAAGCUCAAUAUGCACCCCGAUGCAAAAGGUUCAUAUGUGGAGGUUCUGGAAAGGUAUGUCAAUUUGGGGCCUAUAGUUGACUUUUGUGUGGUUGAUCUUGAGAGGCAAGGCCAAGGCCAGGUCGUAACUUGCUCUGGAGCUUACAAGGAUGGCUCUCUUCGUGUGGUCCGAAAUGGAAUAGGAAUCAAUGAACAGGCAUCAGUGGAACUUCAGGGUAUUAAGGGAAUGUGGUCGCUAAGAUCAUCCACUGAGGAUGCAUUUGAUACAUUUCUAGUUGUAAGCUUCAUCAGCGAGACAAGAAUUUUAGCAAUGAACAUGGAAGAUGAGUUGGAAGAAACUGAGAUAGAAGGUUUCUGUUCUGAAGUGCAGACUUUGUUUUGCCAUGAUGCCGUUUACAAUCAACUUGUACAAGUCACUUCAAGCUCUGUGAGACUCGUUAGCUCUAUUACUAGAGAACUAAGAAAUGAAUGGAAUGCUCCAGCUGGAUAUUCUAUAAAUGUUGCUACUGCUAAUGCUACCCAGGUUUUAUUGGCCACUGGAGGGGGUCAUUUAGUAUAUUUAGAAAUUGGUGAUGGUGUAUUGACAGAGGUGAAACACUCACAGUUGGAGUAUGAGGUCUCAUGUCUUGACAUAAAUCCAAUCGGAGAAAAUCCAAGCUACAGCCAGCUAGCUGUUGUUGGGAUGUGGACGGAUAUAAGUGUCAGGUUAUUUUCAUUGCCUGACCUGAAUCUUAUUACAAAGGAGCCUUUAGGAGGAGAAAUUAUUCCCCGUUCUGUUCUCCUCUGUGCCUUUGAAGGGAUAUCCUACUUGUUGUGUGCCCUUGGAGAUGGACACCUAUUGAACUUUCUGUUGAACACAACUACUGGUGAGUUGACAGAUAGGAAAAAGAUUUCUCUGGGGACUCAGCCUAUAACACUCCGCACUUUCUCAUCAAAGAAUACUACAUAUGUAUUCGCUGCAUCGGAUAGGCCAACAGUCAUUUAUAGUAGCAAUAAGAAACUGCUUUAUAGCAAUGUAAAUCUGAAAGAAGUCAGCCACAUGUGCCCUUUCAACACUGCAGCUUUUCCAGACAGCCUUGCAAUUGCAAAAGAAGGUGAACUUACAAUUGGAACCAUUGAUGAUAUUCAGAAGCUCCACAUCCGUUCCAUUCUGCUAGGGGAGCAACCACGCCGUAUAUGUCAUCAGGAGCAAUCUAGGACCUUUGCCAUCUGCAGCGUAAAAUAUAAUCAGUCCGGUGGUGAUGAGUCGGAAAUGCAUGUGAUUCGCCUAUUAGAUGAUCAAACCUUUGACUUCAUAUCGACCUAUCCACUUGAUACUUUUGAGUACGGUUGCUCCAUACUCAGCUGCUCUUUCUCAGAUGACAGUAGUGUAUACUACUGUGUUGGAACUGCAUACGUUCUGCCAGAGGAAAGCGAGCCAACCAAGGGCCGAAUUCUGGUGUUCAUGGUGGAAGAUGGAAAGUUGCAGCUUAUUGCUGAGAAGGAAACUAAGGGGGCCGUUUACUCUUUAAAUGCCUUCAAUGGAAAAUUACUUGCUGCUAUUAAUCAAAAGAUACAGUUAUACAAGUGGAUGCUCCGGGAUGAUGGUUCUCGGGAGUUACAGUCCGAAUGUGGUCAUCACGGGCAUAUACUUGCCCUCUAUGUCCAGACUCGUGGUGAUUUCAUCGUUGUUGGUGAUUUGAUGAAGUCUAUCUCCUUGUUAAUCUACAAGCACGAGGAAGGGGCCAUUGAGGAACGAGCUCGGGACUAUAAUGCAAACUGGAUGUCAGCUGUUGAGAUUCUAGAUGAUGAUGUUUACCUUGGUGCUGAAAACAGCUUCAACAUCUUCACUGUACGGAAGAACAGUGAAGGUGCCACUGACGAGGAACGGGGCCGACUUGACGUGGUUGGCGAGUAUCACCUCGGAGAGUUUAUCAACCGUUUCCGCCACGGCUCUCUUGUCAUGAGGUUGCCAGAUUCUGAUGUGGGCCAGAUUCCAACCGUCAUUUUCGGUUCUGUCAAUGGUGUAAUCGGGGUCAUUGCUUCACUUCCUCACGAACAAUAUGUAUUCCUGGAAAAGCUCCAGACAAGCUUGAGGAAAGUGAUCAAGGGCGUCGGAGGUCUAAGCCAUGAGCAUUGGAGAUCAUUCAACAACGAGAAGAAAACUGUGGAAGCCAAAAAUUUCUUGGAUGGAGAUCUUAUCGAAUCGUUCCUUGAUCUCAACAGAAGCAAGAUGGAUGAAAUCGCGAAACAAAUGGGUGUUUCAGUGGAGGAGCUUUGCAAGAGAGUAGAAGACUUGACCAGGUUACACUGACACUCUUCGUACUUGGAAGUUUAUUGUUCAUUUGUUAAUUCUUUGUUCCGUCCCAUUACGUAAGAUUUCAAUGGAAGUUGGAAAGCGUGGAGUCUUAAGAAACAGUUUUCCGAUAAUGGAACUUAGAGGUGUAUGUGUUUUGUAUAUUGAUGUUUGAUGUGUGUACUUUGGAACCAAAUGAAUAUGCUUUCAUUUUGAACUUUUAGAUAAUUUACAGCAAGUAGGAUAUCAAUGAUACAGGUAAGAACAAU